AUGGGAAAACGAAAACACAAGGACAGGGACUCGCAUAUAAGAAGAAAAAUAAGGCGUUUACAAGAACGUUUACGAUAUAACUCCACAGACUCCGAGAGCGGGGAUACUCUUUUAACUACGGUUUCAGAAAGCCAUAGAAGCGAUUACUCGCGUUAUGACCCUGGUUCACCACCACCCGAUGAAUACUAUCAGGCGCCCUUUUCUGAUGAGUCAGAUGAUUCGAUUUUAGUACGCCCAAGGUCGACCGUGUGUGUUCCCAGGGCAGCUCCUGGAGACGAAUCUGGUGCUGUAAACUCAGCUCCAAAUUUGAAUAUAACUGCCUCGCCAGGUGAUAACUCGACUGGUAAUGGUCAUGCCCCAUCCACUAAUGGGGCUGCAGGCGACAGCGUUGCGCCGUUGCCGGACGACAUCCUUGCGGCGCUCGGCGACCCCCAAGACAAGGACGAAAAGCUGGGUCCUAAAAUAUCGGAAGAAAUCUCUGAACGCUGGGGUAGAAUUAUUGUGAACGGCCUGACCAAAGAACAGAGGCAGGAUAUAUUGGAGAAGGCGUUAAUACCAGAAAAUUUUCUUCUACUGAAGGCUCCGCAGCUCAACCCUGAAAUUGCACCGAUACUGAGCGAAACCGUUAAAAACAGGGAUAAAAGCAUAGAAAAAAUUCAGCAACACCUUGGUAUAGGUAUUGCUGCCCUGUCAAACCUCACGUCCCAAGUUAUUAAAACUGAUAUCAACAAAAUUGAGAUGCUCCGGAAUCUCUCUCAAGUAAGUAAUAUCCUAUCGGAUUUACAUUACGAAAACACCAUGCACAGAAGAAAAUUGGUCUCCCAAAGUCUAGAUAAAAAUUUCCAUAAUAUUGUUAAAGACGUUAAGAGAGAUGCUUAUCUCUUUGGAGUCAACCUGGGCGAAAAAAUAAAAACAUCAAAGACGGCAGAAAGAUCUGGCCUGCAAAUCAAACGAAGCGAUAGAAGGAAUGAAAAUGCGACCAGGAAAUACACCUAUCGGGAAAACUGGAGGGGCCCACCCAGAAGACAGGGGCAAGGACCUCGCAAGCAGGGUGGGCCGAGGAACCGAUAUUACAACCAACGGCCAUACAAACGCCCUCCACCAGUUGCAGAUCGACCACCGGCGGCGCCGAAGCCGAACCCCAAGAAUCCGAAGACUUAACUAAGGGGCAGUCACCCACUUUGGAAAAAGCUUACCCUGGUGUCAUCUCUAUUAUCAGGGAAGCGUACUCAAGACAAAUGUUAAGUCCGGAAAUAAUUGAUAUAUUAAUAGCAUCACUAGCAGAAUCUUCGUUAAAACAAUAUGAUUGUGCCUACAAAAAAUGGUGGGGUUUUUGUGAAGAAUUAAAACAUGAUUUUUAUACGAUUGAUAUUCCUGUAAUACUUACGUUUUUUACAGCACAAUUUAAAAACGGAGCAAGUUACUCUUCUUUAAGUAGUCUGAGGUCAGCAUUGGCGCUGAUACUGGGUAAAUGUCUGAGUGAAGACGAACGAGUAAGUCGUUUCCUAAAAGGGGUAUUUAGGAUCAAACCAAAUUUACCUAAAUAUCACACUACCUGGGAUCCAAAUUUAGUACUUGAUCACUUGUCAAACUGGUAUCCCAACGAAAAUUUAUCAUUGGACAAACUAACAAAAAAAAUGGUGGCUCUGCUCGCGUUGUCAACUGCACAACGUGUGCAGACGCUAUCACUUAUUCGACUAUCCAGUAUCACAACCAAUGCUUCAGGUAUAGAAAUCAUGAUCAGUGAUCUGAUCAAAACCUCUGCUCCAGGACGCAUUAAUCCGCGGCUCAUUAUACCUUAUUUCACAAACAAAGUACAAAUAUGUCCAGAAAAGACAUUAUCCGCCUACAUAGAGAUGACAAAACACUUUAGGAAUCUUCCUCAAUCAGACAAAUUGAUAUUAACUAUCAAAAAACCGAUACAUAACGCUAGCGCGGCGACUAUCUCCCGCUGGAUUAAACAAGUGCUAUCGGAAAGCGGAAUAAAUACUAAUAUCUUCUCCGCUCACAGCACACGCCACGCAUCCACUUCGGCGGCUAAUAGGAACGGUAUCUCAAUAGACCUCAUAAAACGAACCGCAGGAUGGACCGGAAAUUCAUUGAUUUUCGCGAAAUACUAUAAUCGCCCCUUGACUAGUGUAGAGGAUAGUGUCUUUGCGGAAGCAACUUAUGAUCAUGUUUAGAUGUAAAAUUCUUAGUCAAGCGAAAAUUGUACCAAUCAUUAAUUAACAAUGUACCUAAUAAACGAUUGAUUAUGGAUGUUCA